UUUCAAUCCUGCAGGCUGCCAUUGAACUUGGUACUUAUGUACUGUCAUGUGGAGGCCGAAAGCAUUAACGUGAAAUUUACUCACGUCAAGGCGCUCACAGCGGAAGUGGGGUUUUGCCUGCAUCUACUCGCUCUUUAAUGAUACCUGAGUUUCUGUGGAAAUUUUUCGGCCUGGUUGCCCCUCCUAACAUGCCUGUUAGCACUGCCAAGCGGCUGUCGCAGCACUCGUGGACGAUGAAUUGGGAGUUCAUGUUCAUGAGAAAGUCACUCCUGGUACUUGCCUUGACGUGUAAGUCAUUCACUGAACCUGCACUGGACCUUUUGUGGCGACACCUGGGUGGGCUUGAUCCACUUAUUAGAUGUCUCCCGCAAAGCCUAUGGAAAGAGGACAAAAACAAGCUACAAUUUCAAAGACCCACGACCUUCGAUGACUGGUCUAUCUUUCGCGAAUAUAACCACCGCGUCCGUUCAUUGCUCAAUCAAUGUUCUGGAAUGUACGGCCCCAGAUGAUCUGCGGCACU